AAACUUCAUAAAAAGUCAGCAUCCAGCACACCCACUUGCUACCAAAACUAAUUCAAUCACCUCACCACUCGUUAAAUUACUCAAUUCUCUUUUCUCUCUCUUCCCACGCCCACCCUUUCUUCCAAUUUCAUUGUGCUGCUCAGGCCCAGCCUCCUUUUUGGUUCGCUCUCGAGCAGAUCCAUCUCCUAUUCGUAUAUCCCUCAAAAGUUGUCUUUUCCUUGAUACCAAUCGCACCCAGUUUAUAUCUCACGUUUUCGAAGAAAAGGGAAUAGAAAACAGAUGGUUGGUGAAGGGAAAGUUUUCACCUUGGCUCAGGUGUCUGAGCACAACAAUCCCAAGGACUGUUGGUUGAUUAUCGACGGCAAGGUUUACGAUGUGACAAAGUUUUUGGAAGACCAUCCUGGUGGUGAUGAGGUCUUGUUGUCUGCCACAGGGAAAGAUGCAACUGAUGAUUUCGAGGAUGUGGGCCACAGCACGAGUGCUAGAGAAAUGAUGGAUCAAUACUAUGUUGGAGAGAUUGACUCUUCAACCAUCCCUAAGAAGGCUGCAUAUAAACCUCCAAAUCAGCCUCACUACAACCAGGAUAAGACCUCUGAGUUCAUUAUCAAGCUCCUGCAAUUCUUGGUUCCCCUUGCUAUAUUGGGUUUGGCUUUUGGCAUCCGCAUCUACACAAAAUCAACCUAAGACCAUGAAUCACCAUGGUCUGAAAAACACUUAAGAAUUUAUUGCUGGUGUUAGAGCCUGUGCCUUGGUCCUAGUUUAGUGUAGCAAUUAAAGCUUGUUUCUUUGGUGUCUCUUAGGAAUCAUAGAGCAGACAAUCUGUGGUUGUGAUGCCUAUCCUGACUUCUGUGCCCCCGUUGUGCUAUUUACAACUGAGUUAUUGAAAAUGAAAGACGAUGAUAGGUGUUAUUUGUCAUUCUCAUGUUUGUUUUUUAAGUUGUAAUUUGCAGACUCUUCCAUAUCAAAUUGCAUUAUUUGACUUUUUGCUGUGA